CAGGGGCCGCGCGGCACGCUGGGUACUGGCUUGUCCUUGCUCGAGCUGCGGGUCAGUUUGUGAGGGAGUCGCACCCCAGGGAUGUUCGCCGCCGCCAUUCGCUCCAUCGUCCGCCCUAAGCAGCUGCACCUGGCCCGGGCAGCUCUCGCCAGGGGCUACGCCGAAGCGGCGCCAUCGGCUUCCGCGGCCGCCAAGAUGUCUUUUACGUUUGCCUCUCCCACCGAGGUGUUUUAUAAUGAAGCCAGCGUGAAGCAAGUUGAUGUUCCAACACUAACUGGAAGCUUUGGCAUUCUCCCUGCCCAUGUACCCACACUACAGGUGCUAAAACCUGGAGUUGUAACUGUGUUUGAUGAAGAGGGUGCACAGACCAAGUAUUUUGUGAGCAGUGGUUCUGUGACAGUGAAUGCAGACUCAUCUGUUCAGCUCUUGGCUGAAGAAGCAGUAGCUCUGGAUGAAUUAGACAUAACUACUGCCAAGGCUAACCUGGACAAGGCCAAUGCUGAACUAUCAUCUGCUUCUGGUGAGGUAGAACGGGCAGAGGCCUUAAUUAGCAUAGAAGCUAAUGAAGCAAUCAUAAAAGCGUUAGAGUGACUUGGUUAAUAGGACGAACUGUGUGUCAUGAAGUUGAUUGUUUGACCUUCAUUUGGGAAGAAGACAACACUGUACAGUUAAAUGGGUUGAAUUUAUAAAAAUAAAUAUAUAACAACCAA